AUGCUUGAAUUGGCCAUAAAAGAAACAAAAUGUGAAAAGGGUACGGGAGGAUCAUCGUCAGCUGCAUUAGUAGAUAGAAAAGAGUUGAAGCAAUUGUUUGUGUUCAAUUUAAUGCCCUUUAUUGGAUUUGGAAUUCUUGACAAUAUGUUAAUGAUUUUGGCUGGUGAAUACAUCGAGCAUAGCAUUGGUGCUGUCUUUACAAUCAGCACAAUGGCGGCAGCCGCGCUUGGCAAUACGGUUUCCGAUGUAGCCGGUAUGGGACUGGCCCAUUACGUAGAACAAUUCGUAGUUAAGAUGGGUAUUAAACAACCCGCUUUAACCGCCGUUCAGGUGGGUUUGAAAUAAAUGAAGGGGGGGGUUUUGGAACGGCGACAAUUUCGGAAUGCAAAAUUGCCAGGGUAAACGGCGAAGCCAAAGCGAGUAAGGCCAAGCCUAAAAUGAAGCCGACUAAACUUAAACAGCCUAAGCCUAGAAAUGAAAGCAACAAUUCCGGAGUUGUCCCGGAUCCGCGAUUUUCGGAACACGAAAUGUUAUUAAAACUUUUAACAUGAAUUUUUUUUAAAGUCAUAAAAAAUAGUGCCGUUUCAAUAUGAAAUGGCAAGCAGUAAUUUUGUAUAAAAUGGUUUUUGUUUUGUAUUUAAAAAAAAAUUCAAAAUUUUGUUUAGAUAGAGUCAUCACGAGUUAGAAUUACAGUAAAUGCGGCACGAACUUGCGGACUUAUUAUUGGGUGUACACUUGGGAUGUUUCCACUCCUGUUCUUCUAG